AUGUCACGACGAUCAUCCAGCACGACCGAAGACGAUCAAAAGAACUUUUCGUUGAAGAAACGUUGGUUGGCGUCACACCACGACGAUCAACAACAAGUGAGCAAUCGGACAAGUAAUAUCUUGUCGCAAUUAGCUCCUCUUAUGCGUGAAUAUAACUUCCACGAUUGGCAAACCAUAGCAGUUCUCGUCGAAAGGAAUCCGAACGAAUACGUAUCCGGCAAAAUCCAUCAAAUCGGUCCCAAUGGCUGUUUAACCGUUCAAACAAAUGAAGUUCUCAUUGCUAUAAACGUCUACGAUAAUGUUUUCGGAAUUCUAUCAGAUAAUGCACCGUCAAUACAAGAUUUAACUGAGGGAAAACAUGUCCUAUGUAAAACGCUGUCGAAUGCAUUCGUAUACCAAAUGGCAGUUAUUACAGAGAAGACGAGAGAAGGAAAAUUUCAAAUUCAGCUUCAAGAACAGAAUGAAAGCUUAUGUGUACCGAGACAAUCGAUUCGAUUAUUUUUACCACCGUGGCACGAUGAAUUUCCAAUCGACUGGAGUACACUGCUGCAGCAAGUACGAGUAUUUCCGACACAAAACGAUUCAUCCGUGGAAGAAAGUUCUCGAUCAAGUAAUCCUUCGGCGGAGAAAUCGUAUCGCAAAGGUGAUAUUGUCGUAACGGAGACUCAUGUACGAAAGCGAUUCAAUGGGAAACAAUGGCGACGACUAUGUUCGUUCAAAAAUUGCUCGAAAGAAUCGCAACGAUUUAAUUUCUGUUCGAGACAUUUAUCUCUGAAAGAAAAACAACACAACUCCACUCUUCCUUCUUCAUCAUCAUCAUCAUCGACAGUACCGACUACUUCAUCUGAACCGACAUCGAAAGAAAAGUCUCCUCGACGGCCGAUCAAUGCUUUCAUGCUAUUUUCUCAAGAGGAACGAAGCAAAAUUCACCUCGAAUAUCCUCACCAUGACAAUCGAAACGUUUCGAAAAUGCUCGGAGAAAGAUGGUAUUCAUUGUCACCCGAUCAACAGCAACAGUAUAAAACCCGAGCGAAAGAAAUCAAUGAACAAAACAAUGAACAAUUACGACGAUCAGCACGGUUACAAUCGACGAAUAACAAAUCAAUAUCUCCUUCGUCCGAUCCACUCCAAGCAUUUGCACAAAUUUGUACAAACAUGCCCAAACUGACCGAAUGUUUUUCACCGAUCAACAAGCCGUCGAGUGAAACAACAUCAGUCAUCACGAAUCUGAUUACACCCGUUCCUAUUCAUAUCAAUCUAACAUGCAAUACUUCGGAUCAAUUGCCAACCAAUGCUUCACAUUAUGAAACGGAAAUUAGCAAUAACAUUCUAUCGGAUUCAGAUAAAGCAUCGCAUGGAAUUGAUUCUUAUCCUUGUUCAACUGAACAUUCACUCUCGAAUUCACCGUCACAAGUGUCCGACACAGAAGCUUGCCGAACGAUAUUUUCAUUAUUGAUCAAUCAACGCAAGGCAAAUCUAGAUCUCGAACAACAAUUAAAGUCUUUACAAUCAUCAACGAAAUCGACUUCUGCGGACGACCACCCAACACAUCCAUACACAUUAUCAUGUUCAUCGUCGUCAACGGGCUAUUCAAGUGGUUCAUCUAUCGAUGGUUGUAGUACAAUUCUAUCAGCAUUUAGUUCCCGAUCGAAUAGUUCACUAUCAGAACGAAGUAAAACAUCGCCCACAUCAUUUAAGCCUAUGCCAUCAAUGAAAUAUCUAAUACCAACCGAUGACGACUUGACAUAUAAACCUUUGCAUCAACAAGAACAAACUAUCGCAGAUAAACCAAUAAAUAAACGACGGAAAACAAUCACAUCCGAGGAUAAUCAAGGUCCAAGGACUCGAUCUCACAGUAUUAGUGAUCGGACUGGAAUACCUGAUGUAUCUUCAAUGGUCACACGUAAACGAAAAGCAUCGAUUAUCAACGAACAAAAUCAAACUGAUAUCAAACAACCAACGAUUGACUACAUUAGAAAACUAGAAGGUAAUCGAGAAGGUCUUGUGAAUGAAAUGAUAAAACUCAAAGUGAGAUUUGUAGAGAUGAAAGAUCAGUAUAUAAAGUCAAGUUCAACUCGCCAUACAAGCAAUGAAUCUGCGAAUCGAGUCCAACUAGCAUCACGAUUGAAAGUUAUCGAGUUUCUCAAGCAACAGUUGUAUCCAUCAGACACCUCGACAACAGCAUUUCAACUGGCAAACGAAGAGUUGUUUCCAAACAAACGCCUUCUGGUUCAACGUAUUCGUGAGAUUCGUCAAAAAUUAAUGAGUUACUCAAACCAAGAACGAGUUUCAACAACUUCUUCAUCUUAA